AUGAGGAUGUGUGACAGAGGAGUCCAGAUGUUGAUCACUACUGUGGGAGCCUUCGCAGCUUUUAGUUUAAUGACCAUUGCAGUGGGCACGGACUACUGGUUAUAUUCCAGAGGUGUGUGCAGGACUAAAUCUACAAGUGAUAAUGAAACCAGCAGGAAGAAUGAAGAAGUAAUGACCCAUUCCGGGCUGUGGAGGACCUGCUGCCUAGAAGGGACUUUCCGAGGCGUGUGCAAGAAAAUUGAUCACUUCCCGGAAGAUGCUGACUACGAACAGGAUACAGCUGAGUAUCUCCUGCGGGCUGUGAGGGCCUCCAGCGUCUUCCCCAUCCUCAGCGUCACACUGCUCUUCUUCGGCGGGCUCUGCGUGGCAGCCAGCGAGUUCCACCGCAGCAGACACAACGUCAUCCUCAGCGCGGGGAUCUUUUUUGUCUCUGCAGGGUUAAGCAACAUCAUCGGCAUCAUAGUUUAUAUAUCAGCCAAUGCUGGAGACCCUGGGCAGCGUGACUCCAAAAAGAGCUACUCCUAUGGCUGGUCCUUUUACUUCGGAGCCUUCUCUUUCAUCAUCGCGGAAAUUGUGGGGGUCGUCGCUGUGCACAUCUAUAUAGAAAAGCAUCAGCAGUUACGUGCCAAAUCCCACUCGGAGCUCCUGAAGAAAUCGACCUUCGCUCGCCUUCCACCCUACAGGUAUAGAUUUCGGAGGCGGUCGAGUUCCCGCUCCACGGAACCCAGAUCCCGAGACCUGUCCCCCAUCAGCAAAGGCUUCCACACCAUCCCUUCUACUGACAUCUCAAUGUUCACCCUGUCCCGGGACCCCUCAAAGAUCACCAUGGGGACUCUCCUCAACUCCGACCGGGACCACGCUUUUCUACAGUUCCACAACUCCACGCCCAAAGAGUUCAAAGAGUCGUUGCAUAAUAAUCCGGCCAACAGGCGCACCACGCCCGUCUGA